CAGUAUAAUGUAAUUAUGUAGACAUCUUGUUUAUUUAGUAAACAUAAUAAAAAUUAUAAACCCGGAAUUUUCAGAUCACGGACAUGCUUAUACUCACCAAUCACUCUGAGACAGUCGUUAAUAUCACACACAUGGCUAAAUAUCCAGUUCUUCCGUUGUUACUGGUCGUCAAGGUCUAUGCAACAGCUUGGGUUGAAUAUGUUCAGGAGCAUAAUGAUAUACGAUCAAAUGCCAUUCCACCAGCAGCAAACAUGAAGAGACUGAUGUACUCUCGGGAACUUGAAUCAAUUGCACAACAGCACGCAAACAGGUGCUCGUUUCUUCACAAUGAUAACCGAUCAAGAGAAUCGCACACAUUCAGCAGAGUUGGUGAAAACAUAUUUCAAGGAAUAAAAGGCUCAAACAUUUCUAAUGCAAUUCAAUACUGGAGCCAGCAAGGGAACUUCUACAACAUCCAGACAAAUGAAUGUCAACUCUUCUUUUUCUGCGAGUUCUACACACAGGUGACAUGGGCAGAUUCAGAAUAUGUCGGAUGUGGAAAGGCUGACUGUGGGACGAAGACUUUUGUAGUCUGUAAUUAUGGACCUAGUAGUGAUUUGCAUGACAGGCCAUACAUCCAGGCGGUCAGCUGUAGUGCCUGUCCAUUCGGAUAUGUUUGUGAAAAGAAUCUCUGCAGGAGAUUGCGUAGGCUUUUGUGAAACCUAAGAUAACACAAAAUAAAAAAAAAAUCUUUUUCAUUUUAAA